CGAAAACUGUCACUCGCUCCCAACCCCUGGAAGAUAUUCUCCCACCGAGACAUUUUUAGAUUCUCAAAAGCGUAGGCUUGGAAGCUUGUCACGGGCCUGAUCGACCUUAUCUUCAAGCACAUGGAAGGACUUGGCGAUAUGCUCCAAGACCGAAAACCUUGCUCCAAUAAAAACAACCCCCGAUAUCCCGCUCAAUCCAUCUGCGUUUUGCUUCAGAAUGGCUUUGCUCAUCCUAGGCGCACAUUGAAUGAAACAAUACUGUUGGUGCCAAAUGCCAACGGGACCUUCACUUCUCCAGGUGUUCGAACACCCUUUUCACAACUUGGGAACAAAUUCGAAGUAUUUCAUGACUUAGCUUGCGUCAGCCAGGUUUAGUCUGUUCGAGUAUGUAGUGAGUGCUGUAGGAGAUAUCUUGGCUACAGGAAAAGGGCACUUGAUGUGCUUUGAAGAUGGGGCUUCACAGAAAGGUACAUAUAUCUCAAGGUAAAGUCGGAGGAAACAAAUAUAUGCACCUAACUAGAACACUGCCGGUCAGCUAGCUAUCAGCCCUUGAACUUCUUUCGUGCCAUUCCAAUCUUACCACUCUUUGUAGCACACAUUUUGAUCAAAAGUCCACAGCCGCAAAGAUGGCAGCCGACAAAAAGGAGCCCUCGGUGGACGCUGACUCGUUCCACAGUUCAACCGACAGCUCGUCAUCUAUACGAGCACACCGCCCUCACACGAUGACAGCAGCUCAAGUCAUCAACAAACUUGGAUCUGAUUCUCGAGGUGGGCUCAGCCAAAGUGAAGCGGCGUCUCGGCUCCAGUUGUACGGCAAGAAUGCAUUGGAUGAUGGACCCGGUGUCCAACCGAUCAAGAUUCUUAUCAACCAAAUUGCCAAUGCGAUGAUGUUGGUUCUGACCAUGGCUAUGGUCGUGAGCUUCGCCAUCAAGUCUUGGAUUGAAGGUGGCGUCAUUUCGCUAGUUAUUAUCCUCAAUAUUGUCGUUGGCUUCUUCCAAGAGUACGCAGCAGAGAAAACUAUGGGUGCUCUCAAAGCUCUCGGCUCACCCACGGCUCAAGUCAUAAGAGACGGGUCAACUGAAGUCAUCGCCUCCGCAGAACUGGUUCCCGGCGAUCUGGUAGAAUUGUCCACUGGAAACAUCAUCCCUGCGGAUGUUCGCUUGAUCGAAGCAACGAAUUUUGAAACCGAUGAGGCUCUACUUACGGGAGAAUCGCUUCCUGUCGCAAAAGUUUUCGACGCCGUCUUUGACGAGGAAACCGGACCCGGCGAUCGAUUGAACCUUGCAUACAGUUCGUCGACCGUUACAAAGGGAAGAGCAAAGGGUAUAGUCAUAGCAACGGGAAUGAAAACUGAGAUCGGCUCUAUUGCUACUGCACUGCGGGACGGUAACACCAAAGUCCGCAAGCCUCAUGUGUCCAAAAAUGGCAAGGUCAAGUCGUAUCGAUACGUCGAGGCCUGGGCACUUACUAGCGCUGAUGCUGUUGGAAGAUUCAUGGGAGUGAAUGUCGGCACCCCCCUAGCACGUAAAUUAUCAAAGCUUGCAAUCCUUCUUUUCGUCAUUGCUCUCAUUUGCGCUGUCAUCGUUGAGGCAGCAAAUUCCUUUUCUGGAGCAAACGAGAUUAUCAUCUAUGCAGUGGCUACUGGCCUCAGUAUGAUCCCAGCAUCAUUAAUUGUUGUGCUUACGAUAACCAUGGCUGUGGGGACGAAAAUCAUGUCUCAGAGGAAUGUUAUUGUUCGAAAAAUGGAUUCCCUCGAGGCUCUUGGGGCCGUGACAAACAUUUGCUCUGACAAGACAGGGACGUUGACCCAAGGUCGCAUGGUUGUAAAGAAGGCAUGGGUCGCCGCAACUGGUACUUAUACAGUUGGCAACACCAACGAGCCAUUCAAUCCGGAGAUAGGCGAGAUCCGCUUCCUCCCAGGCAAUCCACGACAGAACGAAACCGGAAACAAAAAAGAGGAUGCAGAUGGAUGGGCGCAAUUCGAUGCUAAUGAUCCAGACCUCCUCAGUUAUCUCCGCAUUGCUUCACUCGCCAACAUCGCUCAAGUGGAAAAGGGUGUGGAAGGCGUAUGGAAAGCUCGCGGAGACCCAACUGAAAUAUCCAUCCAGGUUUUUGCUUCGCGCUUCAACCACAAUCGCGAUAAGCUCACGAAGGGGGAGAAAGCAGAAUGGAUUGAGAUAGCUGAAUUUCCGUUCGAUUCGGACUGUAAGCGGAUGUCAACAAUUUACGCAGAGGCUUCUUCACCUUCACAGCGCCACGUCUUCUCCAAAGGUGCUGUAGAACGAAUCCUUCCAUGCUGCACCACCAUUCAAUGCCAAGGCAGCAAGACACCAGUUCCAAUGUCUACAGAAUUCGAGACAACGAUCCACAUCAAUGUUGAAACUUUGGCAAAACAAGGGCUUCGAGUCCUAGCCUUUGCUAGCAAGACCAUCUCUGAGGAGAUUGACACCCAAGGCGUUGACAGAGCAGAGAUCGAGCAUAGUUUCACCUUUCGUGGGCUUGUUGGGCUCUAUGAUCCGCCGCGUCCAGAGUCCGCGGAAGCAGUCAAAGGCUGCGCAAGGGCUGGUAUUGCAGUCCACAUGCUAACUGGUGACCAUCCCAGCACAGCCGAAGCCAUAGCACGCCAGAUCGGCAUCGUGCCCGCAACAUCCCAACUCCCAUCCAUGUCUGCCCCGGCAGCUAGCAGCCUGGUCAUGACCGCAGCGCAAUUCGACAAGCUCACAGACAACCAAGUCGACGCAUUACCCAUGCUUCCUAAAGUUAUUGCACGCUGUACACCCACCACCAAGGUGCGAAUGAUCGACGCCCUUCAUCGCCGUGGGAAGUUUUGCGCCAUGACUGGGGACGGAGUCAACGAUUCUCCCUCCUUGGCUCGCGCAGAUGUUGGAAUAGCCAUGGGGCAAGCCGGCUCGGAUGUCGCGAAAGAUGCAUCGGAUAUCGUGCUUACGGACGAUAACUUUGCGUCGAUUCUUAAUGCUAUUGAAGAAGGUCGAAGGAUCUUCGAUAACAUUAAGAAGUUCGUAUUGCAUUUGUUGGCAGAAAACAUCGCACAGGCAUGUACCUUAUUGAUAGGCCUUGCCUUCAAAGACAGCAGCGGUAACUCCGUGUUUCCACUGGCUCCCGUCGAGAUUCUGUGGGUGAUUAUGGUGACGUCGGGUAUGCCAGAUAUGGGGCUGGGCAUGGAGGUUGCUGCACCUGAUAUUAUGUCUCGGCCUCCGCACAAUCUCAAACAAGGUGUCUUCACUCUUGAAGUUAUGCUCGACAUGGUUGUGUACGGUUUCUGGAUGGCUUCCCUCUGCGUCGCCUCUUUCGUGAUAGUCGUAUUCUGGUUCGGAAACGGUAACCUUGGACAGGGAUGUAACACAAGCUACAAUGACAGCUGUGACCUAGUCUUCCGCGCCCGCGCAACAACUUUUGUCUGCUUAACCUGGUUCGCGCUCUUCCUUGCCUGGGAAAUGGUGAAUUUCCGACGCAGUUUCUUCCGCAUGCAACCUAAAUCCACCAAAUUCUUCACACAAUGGUACCACGACGUUCGACAAAACAGCUUUCUCUUCUGGUCGAUUAUCGCGGGCUUCGUGACGAUCUUUCCGACGCUGUACAUACCGACGCUGAACACGGUGGUGUUUAAGCAUAAGGGCAUUACGUGGGAGUGGGGCAUUGUCUUAGUGGAGAGCGUGUUGUUUUUUGCGGGCUGCGAGGCCUGGAAGCUUGCUAAGAGGGUUUAUUUUAGGAGACAGGCUGGGAAGGGGGGCGAUGUGGAGAGUAGUUUGAUGGGCGGCGCUGGAGUUGAAAGAGGCGAUUGACAAAAGGAGUGUCGUGUAUGUGGAAGGAGGAGCCUCGCUACUGAGAGUCAUUUAAAUUUAAUAAUUCUUGACUCCCUCUUUGAACUUCGUAAUAUGUUCUUCUGUAAUAAGUAUCAAAAGCAGAAAAGUUGAUUGGGAA